UGGCCGUUGCGGCCGCGGCUGCAGUGCUGCGACCGGCCGCCCCGCGACUCGCGUUCCUGAGCGGAGAAGAGGCGCCUGGCUGCGCCCUGCUGCACAGCCCUGCCUACGCCGACGCCGGUGGCCGCGCGACGCGGGCCGCCCCCGGACGCCUGCCCCACAGCCGGAUACGAGCUCCCGGUCGAGUGCCCGAGCGAUAGCGUACGCCAAGGAAUAAGGAGGUGCGUGUUUCUUCACCACCAUUCCACCUUGUGAAACAUGAGCGCUACCCCACGCGAAGAAGCUUAAAAAGAAAGUUUGAAGUGCGACUGCAAGGUUGAUGACUGAGUCAGAUGGAACACUGGCCUAUAUAAUCAAGGUGGGGGAGGCGGCAUGCUGAAGGCGGGCGGGCGCGGCAAACGCGGCCUGUCGCAGCGGUCGCGCGUGCUGCGCGAGCGCGCCGGCCUCAGCUUCUUCCUGGUCGUCAUGUUCUUCGCCGUCUUCGGCGUCAUCGUGCUCACCGAGGUGCUGCUGAUCGACGAGCGCGGCCGCGGCGGCGGCGUCGGCGUCGGCGGCAGGCACGGCGCCGGGUACGCCGGCCGCACGCACGGCUUCGCCGACCGCCCCGACUACGAGGACAACCACGGCCUGCUGCCGCAGGCUGAGGACUACAGCUUCCUGGACAACGGGCAGGUAGCGCACAUCCUCGCCGGUCCGGGCGGUGUGCCGCCGGCGGCGGAGGCGCUCCCUGCUGGACUAGGAGCGGGGGUGGCAGCGGUGGGCGCAGGGUCGAUGGGGGCGGCGGGGGCGGCAGCCGUCGUGGUGGAGGCGGAGCGGCUGCAGGGCCGCGGAGGCGUGCCCCCCGGCUUCGAGGCCCGCCUGCCGCCGCCGGCGGCCAACCUCAGCGCCAAGGACGGCACGUGGCAGAUCGUCUCCGGGACCAGGUACAAGUUCUUCGUGUUCUCGGCCUUCUACGACGCGCGGGACGAGCGCGUGGUGCGCGUUAUCGGCGCCACCAAGACGCGCGGCCCUGAGCGCGUGUGGUGCCGCCUGUGGUACCCGCCCGCCAACGCCACCGCCACCAACGCCACCAGCCUGCCCUCCGUCUCCGUGCCCGCCAAGGUCAAGGUGAUCCGCGAGAACUGGAACCUGAAGUACAGCGCGUGCUUCGUGCUGUGCCCGCUGGGCCGCAACCUGAGCGCGCCCUCCUCGGUGUCGGUGGUGAGCCGGCUGCGGCUGCCGCCCGCCAACCGCCUGCUGGUGCGCAACACGCCGACCGACCCCGAGCUGCGCAACGGCUCCGCGCAGGGGCAGCCGCAGCAGCAGCCGCCGACGCCGCCGGAGGGACUCGCCGUCUGCGUCAAGCCGCUGCACUUCUCCUACAACCAGGCGCUGCAGCUGGUGGAGUUCCUGGAGCUGAACUCGGUGCUGGGCGCGCGCCACUUCACGCUGUACAACCACACGCUGGGCCCGGCCGUGGACUGCGUGCUGCGCGACUACGUGGCUCGCGGCACCGUCACGCUGCUGCCCUGGCAGCUCAACAUGGCCUCGCAGAAGGAGAUCCGCACCGAGGGCCUGUUCGCCGCGCUCAACGACUGCCUCUACCGCAGCAUGUACCGCUACUCGCACGCCGCCCUCAUAGACCUCGACGAGUUCAUCAUCCCGCGCCACAACGACACCAUCCCCCAGCUGCUCAGGUGGCUGGGCACGCGCCUCAACACGCGCGCCACCGGCUCCUACUCGUUCCAGAACGCCUUCUUCUACCUGCAGUGGCCGGACGACGCGGAGGCGGCCGCCGGCUCGUCGCUGCUGACGCUGCGCAAGACGCGCCGGCGCGCCAAGCUGCACCCGCACAAGCAGCGCUCCAAGUACGUGUGCCGGCCCGAGCUGGUGGUCGAGGCGGGCAACCACUUCGUGUGGGAGCUGGCGCCCGGCCACGGCACGCUCAACGUGCCCGCCGACGCCGCCAUCCUGCACCACUACCGCGUCUGCGAGUUCGGCGGCGACGACUGCGUCAAGACGCCGUCGGUGGUGGACCGCACCGUGCACCGCUACCGCCAGAGGCUGGAGGCGCGCGUGCUGGCCCGCUGGCGGCAGCUCAGGGACCGCUGCCACCUGCCGCAGUUCCAGGUGUCCUCGGCGGCCUCGGUCACCAGCUAGCGGCCCGCCGCUCCGGCUGAAGCGACUCCCCACGGCCUCGCAGCUCUCCCGCCCCGCUGACAGCUGCGGGCUGGGCGUAUCCAUAGGCAUUUCGCCAAACGCGGGUCAGGCAGACUGGAACCAACUCAGGUAGUAGCAAUGCGAAGUACUGGACUACGGGAAGGUGGCCUAUAUACUCCGAGGGAAGACAGACUCUACCUCUGCGGUUUCAUCAGGAAAGCACGGAAUGCACUGAAAGCAGAAUCCGAUUAUUCUAAAAUAUAUUACCUGGAGCGACCUGCCGAGAUUUGUUGGUCUCGCAAGCAUGCUCUCCCAGAGUCUCCUGCUGUACGAAAGAUGUACAAUUGAUAUAUGAGGCUUUAAAUAUCCUCUUCCCUAUAUAACUCGUACAUUAAGUGUUGUCCAGAACAGACCUAAUAUUCAUGAACUGCUUCUGCUUCAUAUUACAAAAUGUGUGUUGGCCUAUUAAUGACUAAAGUGACCUACAAAUUUUCAAUCUACACAUAUUAUUUUCUAGUACACACUGACACUAAACAAGGUCGUAAAUCAUUCUAGUUUCCUCGCAGAUACGUAGAUCUUUUCGUGAUAAGUUUAAUACUUUUUUGUUGUUAAAACAACAAUGUUUGUUGUUGUUGUGGUCUUCAGUCCUUAGACUGGUUUGAUGCAGCUCUCCAUGCUACUCUAUCCUGUGCAAGCUUCUCCAUCUCCCAGUACCUACUGCAACCUACAUCCUUUUGAAUCUGCUUAGUGUAUUCAUCUCUUAGUCUCCCUCUACGAUUUUUACCCUCCACGCUGCCCUCCAAUACUAAACUGGUGAUCCCUCGAUGUAUCAGAACAUGUCCUACCAACCGAUCCCUUCCUCUAGUCAAGCUGUGCCACAAGCUCCUCUUCUCCCCAAUUCUAUUCAAUGCCUCCUCAUUAGUUAUGUGAUCUACCCAUCUAAUCUUCAGCAUUCUUCUGUAGCACCACAGUUCCAAAGCUUCUAUUCUCUUCUUGUCUAAACUAUUUAUCGUCCACAUUCCACUUCCAUACAUGGCUACACUCCAUACAAAUACCUUCAGAAACGACUUCCUGGCAUUUAAAUUUAUACUCGAUGGUAACAAAUUUUCCUUCUUCAGAAACGCUUUCCUUGCCCUUACCAGUCUACAUUUUAUAUCCUAUCUACUUCGACCAUCAUCAGUUAUUUUGCUCCCCAAAUAGGAAAACUCCUUUACUACUUUAAGUGUCUCAUUUCCUAAUCUGCAAUAGCGUUAUUGUAUCCCAACAUUAAGAACUCCACGUUCUAAAUCCCUACUUCCGUGUUUCUUCUUGGGGUUUCCCCAAUUCAUCCACAAUGAAUGCCGGUAUGUUCCCUUUAGAAAAGGACACGCCAGUUUCUUUCUUCCUAUUUGCUGUCUUCAAGCGUGAGCUCUUCCCCUAAUGACCCCAUUGCCGUCUUUCGCGUUAUUCUAGCUUUUGUAGGCACCGCUUGCCCUAGGCAAUACUCCAUCUAUACUUCGCACAAUAUAAGAACUUCCCUGGCAGCUGAUUGCUUUGUUGCCAGCUUACUGCUGCUCGUGGUGCUAUGUACGGAAGCACAAGACUAAAAACAAUUGUCGUCUACAGAGAUGCAACAACACCGAGGUGUUGCCGUAAGUCGCGUUACGCUAGUUGCUGUGGCACACACACGAGGCAGCCGCGUCAAGCUAACUUUAACAGUCUGGCCUCUUCUUUCGCUGCACAGAUUUCAGAACACGCUACAUUUCUGUGAUGAGAUGCCGUUCCCGUCUCUACUCGGUCACAUCAUUCUAAGUUGGAGCGGAAAACCGCCUACGAAUUCUGCCUAGGAAUCUCUUAAAUUUCCUUCUCUGUGCCUGCGCAAGUGUGCGUUUUUUACUUUUAAGCCCGGCAUUCGUCGUGAUUCAUGAGUGACUCCAUAAGAAUACAUAAUUCUGGCAAGCCCAUGUACCACAUCUAAGGGUAGUCGCUACAAUGUACAGGUGCUACUCGGUACCUAUGUCACCACACUCCCGUGUCUACAGUAUGGUACCAUAGGUACUGCACUAUUAAAUGCCCGAACAUUUCUCAUUUUUCUUCGUUUGUGUUCACUGAAUACUCAUUAUACCUCAGAAACUGAAUGUGUUAAAUGUUAAGUUAUAUUACAUACGGUACACGCACUUUUUCCUCGCUAUUACGAAUCCGGUACAAUCAUGUCCGACUUUCUGUCUUCACAAUUAUUUCCUCGACAGCGAUGUCAAUAAGUUUUCCAUUGAGAUCCACUUCAUGUUGGCUUUAAGUAUCCGUUGUUUAUUUUGGUUCAAGAACAAUCUAUCUGAGCCUAAUGCUGGCAAAAAUGAAUCUCAAAUAUCAGUGGCCUAACGAGACGAAUUUUACACACAACUCUGCUCAUUUGAGUCAGCCUCCAGAAACUAAAAUACAGUUGCAGAAUUAAAUGGGUAAAUGACAGUUUUUAAGACUUCUUUGUUCUCUGAAAAUGAUACGAAAGUGCGAAGCCUGGCAUUAAUUGUUUAUGCCUCACAGUUAUAAUUUACAUUAUGGUUUAAAAUAGUGGGCUACUUGUACUGGGUUAUGUUCAGUUUUGAACUUAUCACUGUAUCGGCACCGCCGCAAGACCUUUCUUCAAUGUUGUUUAUUCACUGACAUUAAAUGAAUUUUGUGGUCUGACUCCUUGUCUCGUACAGCCUAUAUUACUAAGUAAAAAUCCGAAAUAAUAAUGAUAGAAAAUGCACUAUCGAAUCAAAGAUAGUUGACAUAAAUGAAAAUCUUGGAUCUAUUCAUAUAGGCGGUCACAACAAAGACUUUGCACCAAGUGUGUGAAGACUAUUACCGCAGUUGCGCUGUAACUAUGAUAACAUCAUAUUUUUUGUAAAUAAAAAUGUCCUGCACUCUGUUUUAUUUUCCCAGGCGCGUUUCGCCUUUUUCACUUUAAGGCAUCAUCAGUGGGAUAUAUAAUGAUGCAAUUAUGACACACUUUUGAUUUGUUAUUUAUUAUUAGCAGAUUAUAAAAUAGUUCACUUCUCGCAUUUUAUGUAAAUAAGUGAUUACUUGCAGUUCUUCCUGUUUUUGGUUGCCAUCGGUAACGUGGAUGUCACACUACCACUAUAUUUAAAAAACAUGCAGGAAGAAACGUAAAGAAUCCCUUAUUUACAUAAAUAAUGAGAAGUGAACUGUUUUAUAAUCUACGAAUACGACAUAUCAAAAGAGAAGUGUAUCAGAAAUGUAGCAUAGUUCCCACUAAAGACGCCUCAAAGUGAAAAAAGGCAAAACGCGUCUGGAAAAAUAACACACAGUGAAGCAAGACAAGGCGCUUUUAUUUACAAAACAAAUAUUACUGUGCUUGCUGUGGAGAAUGGCCACGCAAAGAAACUCGUUAUGAAAACGUCGUUUUUGCAGUUAAUGCCACUAACUCCAUACGAUCAUCUGCAAGAUUCUAAAUACCUGAUUGUCAUAUAACUCAUUGGUCCACAAAAUUUUUCACAAAAGAGAAACAUGGAAAAUUUUAUAACAGAUCUCUGUACCGUUACUGCAUUGUUAACACAUUUUGAACCGAGAUUGAACUUCACGUGUCUUUUCAAACUGAAUAUACAUUUUUGACAAUCAGUCGGUGUCGUCCAGAUAACUGGCCACAGUUAAAGUUCGCAAUUUCAAACUUUACUCUUCUCUGCAGAUUUAUGUCCUCAAACAGGCCUAUUGCACCAGAGAGCAGGUGUAUAGUGUUCGGUCUUUGAAUGGGCUUAAGUGCUGCCCAGUUUAAACUUCAGUCCAGUACUGGGACCAAACGAGAGGCUGAAUUCUGCCCCACUUCGGAUUGGUCUGUUCCCCUAAGAUGUAUAACUGCGUCCUUUCGCCUUUUCAGUUUUCUUCUUUCAGGAUAUUCAAAAUAGUCAUAUUUCGUUGAGGAGACGAAUUUGCAAUCCUUCCGUUCUAUCUUGCCAUAAUUGACGAAGAAUUCUAUCAUAGUUCUUUCUACACUGCCUACUUAGUAGGCACCAGGACAGACGCUUCGCAGCAGUCUGCAACAACUGCCAGGAAAAGAGGAAUACAUAUAUCACAUGUGCAAAUUUAUCCACUAUCGAUGUUCUGUCCCACAAUUCAGUUUACUCUGUACAACCCAAGAAGCAAAGAAACAACAUCCUACUCAAGAAAUAUCUAAAUAAAACAUCCUUUUUUAUAAAACCACUUUCGUACAGUUCUCACUCUUGCGCGUAGCACCGGCCUAGAAACAACACAAAACAAAAAACUUCGCAAGCGUGUGCACCGUUUAGAGAAACUAUUUUGUCUCAAAUGAAGAAAAUGUUCAGGGAAAAUAGCCCUUGCGUCCGAUCCUAGUCAUAAAAGAAAAGUGGAAUUAUUCGGUAAUGGGUGCAAAAUCUCACACUGUCUUACAUCAUAUAGCUCGACGUAUCCCGCGAACAGUAUGGCAACACUACUUUAACGUACCUCUUGCAGUGUUGUGUGUGAACUUGAACUAUUCUUGAUAAAUAUAAUUAUAGUCCUCUGCAAAAUGAUCUGAUGAGCGUCUGAUUUAGAAUAACUUCGUUUCAUGAGAGAUCUUUAUUCUCUUUCUACUUUUCAUCUCGACUUUCAUUAAGGAAACUGGUGGUUAAAAAAAGCUGUGGUUUACUGUUGCGGAAAAGAUAUACAACGCUGCUGCUGUUGAAAAUCUUUGAACAUUUUGGUGUCACAGACACAGAGGACUGAAGUUUUGUCUGUGUACAUUAAGAUAUGUCAAAAUAAUCAUGCAUAUCUGUUUCUAUGGACCUAAUGUGUGCUUUUAAUUGUUCGAUAUUUUCAUGUGCUGUGUAAACAAUAUUAACUGUGUGAAAAUCGUUUUAAUUUUGUAUUUUAAAAUGAGAUUUUGUUUUAUAAGUGUUUAUUUUUUAUUUCAAAGUGAUGCUGUAAGAAAAAAACUGAACCAAAUAUUCACGAUAAAUACGUUUAUUCCUCUCGGUUUUGAGGAGGAAUUUAUUUUCUGUGAUUUUGCCUUGUUAAUUUUGCACAUAUGUCGGUAUAAAUAAUUGUACAACAUU